CCCGCUAACCCUUCCGCUUUCCGACUCUAGCGCCGCGGCAGAGGGCGCUGUGGCACUCGCCAGAAGCGAUUCGCGCAGUCGCCGCUCUAGGAAAGCUAGAGGCUCACGGGCCCUGUGAGCGAGAAGUGCCCAAGCUGUGGAAUCGCGGGGGUGGAGCUUGGAUUCUGAAAACGUCAUCAAAGCGCCACGCGCACGAGACGAGGACGCGUUGAAGAGGAAGGGGGAAGCAUGGCGGCGUCUGGUGCAAUUCUGCCUCUGGAUGGAGCGCAGAUUAAAAAGGCAGCUCAUGCCCUGCUUGCUUACAACAAGACCAGGGAGAAGACGGCUGAGAAGCUGCUGCUGAACGAAAACCAGAAUGUCUUUUUGAUGGUCACAGUAUGGAAAGUCCCACGACAUGAACACGUAGUCAAAAUACUGCUCCCUCAUGGUAUUCUGCCUCUGACGUCCGACGUCUGCUUGUUUACCAAGGAUGAGCCUGGCUUAACAGCUGAGCAGACUGAGAACCUAUACAGGAAACUCUUGAGCCAGCACGGGAUCACGAAUGUCACGGAGAUCAUCUCUUACAAAACCCUGACCAAAGAAUACAAGUCAUUUGAAUCAAAGCGUCGCCUCCUGAGCAGAUUUUCGCUCUUCCUGUCCGAUGCCCGCAUCAGAAGGCUUUUGCCGUCUCACAUAGGGAAGCACUUCUAUAAUAGUAAAAAGGCUCCUCUCUCCGUGGACUUGAAAGCCAAGAAUCUGGCCAAGGAAAUAAACAACCAUAUCCAAGGAACGGUCCUUCGAGUCACCAACAAGGGUUGCUGUUAUGCAGUGCGUGUUGGACAUGCCGGGAUGACUGCGGAGGAGAUAGCAAGGAACGUUGUUGCAGUUGUGACAGUGCUUGCCUCUAAAGCUCCUAAGAUCUCUCGGAGCAUUAAAAUCCUUCACCUCAAAAUGGAUAGAUCCGUUGCUCUUCCCAUCUUUAACUCGAGUUAUCCGGGCUCAGACAGCAUUCAGAAACAGACAGGGGCUAAAGAGAAGAAAAAUGAGAAGAAAAAGAAUCUGAAGAAUAAAAACAAAGGGCAGACGCCAGUCAAAUCUGGAGAGCUGGUUGAAGGAAGCGACGUCCCUGCUCCUGGGAGCCUGAAGGGAGAAGAGGAGCAGAAGACAGUGGAAAUCUCGAAUGUGGAACCAGAACAGGAAGACGAUGAAGGGAUUCCGCAGCUGGUGCCCAUUGAAAUGGUAGCCUGCAUGCCAGAAGAGAAGGUGGCAGAGCCUAACCCUUCUGCAAAGGAAGGGGGGGGGACAGACCCCAAAGGUCACCUCCAUGGCAAGAGAAAGCCCUCCUCGUCUUCAGAGGCUUCCGUAACGGGACUGGAAGGUGGCUCAAGCCCAAAGACCCCAAAGCUGCUCAAAGAGGACAAGGAGGCCGAGACUCCAAAACAAGCAGCCAUGGAAGAGGAGUUGGCAGAGACUCCCCUGAAGCCAAAACCAGAGUCUCCAGUGAACCUCCAAAGGAAGAAAGCUAUAAUGUCUGCCAAGAAGGCCCCCAGAACACCAAAACAGACCAUGGGGAAAAGGGAACUGUUACAGUCAGUGUGACCAGUGCUGGAUCACAGAAUUGUUAGCUUUUUAAACAAAACUUUAAGGUUGAACACCGAAGAUGGCUUGAGUUGUGUUUCUCAGUUUCCUCUUUCAAAUGUAUAAUUUGGUUGUCAUUGUCUUCAGCUGUUGUUGGCAACUCUGGAGGCCAAACCCUUUUCAUAAUAAUCUAUAAAGUCAGACGUUAUCUCCAAAA